CGUACUCUCACGACGACAAGGGCACAAUCUGCUACGUUCUGCUAAGUGCCUGUGCGCGCUUUCCACCAUGUCUUGCCAUACGACACCAGGAUUUCCUCGCCUGUGACGUAGUCAACAUCGUCUGAGAUCAAGUCACCGUGGACCGCGGCACCUUUCUUGAUCAUUCUCGUGCUCUCUAUUCUUAUCCUCAACUGGCCAACUCUAUCCUCCACGAAUGCGGCGUUGGCCCGUUCCUGAGCUGGUACGCCACGGUAAUCAUUCACGAAUCUUGCCUGAAAGCCGUCAAUCCCUAACAACGACCCAAUUGUAUGCGGAGACCUCAUUCCCAACACGACUCGCGUCUAUUCCGAUGCUGACAUCGUUGCUUCGGAAUAACGAAAGAUCGUAAUCAGACUCUUCGCGUUCGUCGCAAUGAACUUCGCCUGUUUCCCGUCGCUCAUUGAGAGGCAUAUGGGAGCAAGAAACGAAAGCGUGCCAAUGUAGUUGAUGAUGUGAGUGUUUGGGGGGAUCUUUCUGGCGGUUUUCUUGGUAGAGCUUGGGUGCAGGUCUACUCUCCCACGUACUUGGUCGCAAAGAGCCCAAAUUGGCCGCAAGCAGGAUGAUCGGAGUCGGAUAUUCGUUUGAUUGCCACGGGCGAAGCGCGAGCGUGCAGUGGAACCGUAGUCUUUUCUCCUUCUAUGAACUGGCGCAGUUCUCUUGAUACAUUAGAUGCGUAGAUGUAGCUCGCACUGUACUGAACAUUGCCGGGCCAGUUGUGGGGUGGCGACAUGAGAAUUAUCCAAAUCAGUGCUGUCGUUCAUUAACGCAAGCAUUGCUACCUACUUCGCGGGGUCGCUGUCCUUGUCCGGCCUUAUCUCACCCCGAAUCCACCGUGUCUACUCUACCGUCAGUCGCAUGGGAAGAACACCCACAGUCACCUCCGUUUCUCGCGUUUAUCCGGACGUAAACGCGAAACUCGGAUCAUCUUGGCAUGAGUACGACAACUUGCAAGUCCAAUGGGGCUCGCAGGAUCACUACGAGAUUGUGCGGAAAGUGGGGCGUGGCAAAUACAGCGAGGUCUUUGAAGGGGUGAACGUGGCCACGGAGGAGAAAUGCAUCGUUAAAGUAUUGAAACCCGUGAAGAAGAAGAAAAUAAAGCGUGAAAUUAAAAUCCUCCAAAAUCUCGCUGGGGGCCCAAACAUCGUUGCUCUAUUGGACGUUGUCCGAGAUCCCGCGUCCAAGAUCCCAAGUCUGGUUACGGAAUAUGUCCAGAACAUCGAGUUCAAAUUGCUCUAUCCUCGUUUCACGGACCUGGAUGUGCGAUACUACAUGUUGGAGCUACUAAAGGCUUUGGACUAUUGUCACUCCAAGGGGAUAAUGCACCGAGAUGUCAAACCCCACAACGUUAUGAUAGACCACGAACAUCGGAAGUUGCGCUUGAUAGAUUGGGGUCUGGCCGAAUUCUAUCAUCCCAAGACUGAAUACAACGUGCGCGUGGCAUCGCGUUAUUUCAAAGGCCCAGAAUUGCUGGUGGAUUUCCAAGAGUACGACUACAGCCUAGAUAUGUGGAGCUACGGGUGCAUGUUUGCCUCGAUGAUCUUCCGGAAGGAACCCUUCUUCCACGGGCACGACAAUUACGAUCAGCUUGUGAAAAUAACCAAGGUCCUCGGCACCGAUGAGCUUUACGCCUACAUUGACAAGUAUAACAUCCGUCUGGACCCCCAAUACGAUGAGCUACUGGGAAGGAAGCCGUGGACACGCUUCAUCACAUCGGAGAAUCAGCGAUACAUCUCGAACGAGGCGAUCGACCUGUUGGAUAAGCUGUUAAGGUACGAUCACCAGGAGCGUCUCACUGCGAAGGAGGCACAAGCUCAGCCGUAUUUCGCUGGACGACUGAGAGACUAUCUGCGGGAAGAGAAGUUGUCCGAAGCAUGGCCGAGGCCCGUUUUGGUCUUCUUGGCGAAAGAAUACUCGGGGGAUCUCAAGCGUGCAGAAUGUCCUCGCUCGCUGUUUUGUUUCUCGCCGUCUCGUCUGCGGCAUCGGCAUUCGACAAUUCCCGAUACGACAAUAUACUGGGGGCAGAAUUCUGUCGGCGCCAUCGCAGGGACGCCUUCCUCGGAGUGGCAGAAACCGAUCUCGUUCUACUGCGCGGAUGAUGCCAUCGAUGUCAUUCCUGUGGCCUUUGUGAACGGAUUUUUCUCGACGGGCGGGUUGCCGACGAUGAAUCUGGCCAACAGCUGCAAUCCGACGAACAACGCGACGUUCCCCGGCACGAGCCUCCCGGACUGCGCAGGCUUGGCGGCGGACAUCGCGGCCUGCCAGGCCGCCGGUAAGCUGGUUACUAUCUCGCUUGGCGGCGCGACGGGGGGUGUGGGCUUUGCCUCCAAUGCGCAAGGCCAGCAGUUCGCUCAGACGAUCUGGGAUCUUUUCCUCGGUGUGUCUGCUGCAGCCGUCCAAGCCGGGCCUGGGGGGUCUCACAAAACAGGACAGGCGGCUCCUCGUCCACGCGUCCCUUCGGAAAUGCUGUUCUGGACGGCGUUGACCUCGAGUAAGCGUGUCGCUUGGCGCUCUGUGCAUCUUCUGAAGGCCGUUCCCAGCAUCGAAGCUGGAACGGGAUCGGGAUACACUGCUUUUGUAGAUGAGAUACGGUCGCUGGCGAGCGAUGCCAGCAAGAGAUACUACGUGACUGCUGCUCCCCAAUGCGUCUAUCCAGAUGGAGCACUGGGCAGUGUCCUGAAUACGGCGUCUUUUGAUGCCAUCUAUGGCAAGCAUUUGACUCUUCGAACGCCGUCUCCCGAUCUGAAGAAUCCAUCAGUGCAAUUCUACAACAAUCCCUGCGGGUUGAACACUUUCAGCAGUGCUUCGGGCUGGGAUUUCGGCCUGUGGGACGCCUGGGCUCGAACGCUCAGCCCCAACCCCAACGUCAAGGUCUACAUCGGGGCACCGGCGUCGGCUUCGGCUGCAGGGUCAGGGUACUCGGAUCUCAGCACCCUCAGCAGUAUUGCACACAGUUUCCCUUCUUUCGGCGGUGUGAUGCUUUGGGAUGCAUCUCAAGCUUAUCAGAACGGCCGAUAUGACAAGGGCAUCAAGGACGCACUCGUCUCCGCAGGAGGGACUGGUUUCACCUUUCCGUCGUGCACAGAACCGCUGUACUCGCCCACAGGCACCUAUCCCGGCGGCUCACGUGUGACCUACCAGGGGCAAGUCGUACAUCUGGCAAGCCAAGUGGUAUGCGUCCACGCUCCCGGCUGCCAGCCCCAACAACGACUGGAGCGCAAUCAGCGCCUGCUCGGGCACAGGCGGCAGCAGUGGACCCACUUCUACAACGACGACCGCUUCGACGACGACGACGACGACUUCCCCACCGACAACAACUUCAACCGCCCCAGGGUCCACUCCCACCGGCGAUAGCUGUGCCGGAAUCCCGGCCUGGACUUCCGCCGCUGUGUUUGUCGGCGGCGAUCAGGCGACAUACGAAGGGGAUCUCUGGACAGCCAAGUGGUGGACAGAGAAUGAUAUUCCUGGAGGUGCUGCUGGUGUCUGGGUAAACGA